GGAGGAUGUAUGUCAAACUUGUGUUUUUUUCUCAAUAGGAUUAAUUUGCGUAAUUUAUAUAAUGUAUCGUUUGAAUUACUAGCAUUUUAUUCAGGAACUGCUAAAAUAUGCGACAAUUUUAAGUGCUGUGUGAGUGAAAUUGUAACUACGGAUAUCAUUAUGCCUGCUUAUGAGAAGUUAAACCUUCUUAUAUGGAAGAACCUCCUACUACAAAGGAGACACAAAUGGCAGACUUUAUUUGAAAUUGCUUCACCUGUUAUAUUUUCAUUAUUUCUUAUACUUGUAAGAUGUCUGGUGGACCCCCAAUCAAAACCAGCUAUUUCAUAUCCACCAUUCCAACCUACUUAUUUCAACAUGAGUGGUCAAAGCCUAGGGAAUCUCACAACUACCAAAAGGGAAGGGACUUUAGCAUUUUCUCCUGAGAAUCCUCUGACCAGAAAAGUGACUGAAGAUGCUAUGGCAACAGUGGCAUUGGACAAUCUCAAUGGCUUACUGGCUCUAUUAUUUGACACUAAAAUGUUACCUCAGCCUAAGGGUUUCAAGAAUGCAGCUGAAAUGGAGGUGGCUUUGACUCAACCCAAUAUUAUGAAUCAAAUUCUAGUUGGAAUCCAGUAUGAUGACAGUAUGGCAAAUGCAUCCAAAUGGCCAGAUGACAUAGUAGUAACGCUCAGGUUCCCAGCCGUCAUGAGAACUCCCAUGGUGGAACACCCUCUUAGAGCCAGCUGGAGGACCAACCUGUUAUUCCCUUUGUUUCCUCGACCAGGGCCUCGAGAUGCUGAUGAUAUGUACGGUGGAAAAACUCCUGGCUAUUCUCCCGAAAUGUUUCUCGCCGUGCAACACGCCGUUUCGAAAGAGAUCAUAAAACAAAAGUCAGGAAAACCUCUUGACACAAAAGUUUAUCUGCAGCGGCUGCCACAGUCCGCGUACAGAAAUGACGACCUGCUAAUAGCUCUAGAAAGAUUCAUUUCCAUGAUAAUAAUGCUGUGUUUCGCUUACACUUUCGUCAAUACUGUUCGAGUAGUCACUGCAGAGAAAGAACUACAGCUGAAGGAAACAAUGACAAUUAUGGGUUUACCUUCGUGGCUUCACUGGCUUGCGUGGUUUAUUAAACAGUUCUCUUUCCUUUUGAUAUCGGUCGUCCUUAUGGUUAUAUUAUUUAAGAUCCCGUUCAACUCAACGAGUAGUGGUGACCGAUACGCUGUGCUAACAUUCACGCCAUGUUCAGUUCUGCUGUUCUUCAUGGUUCUCUUCGUAAUCGCCUCGCUGGCUUUCUGCUUUAUGGUUAGCGUAUUUUUCACCAGAGCCAACACGGCCGCGUCAUUCAUGGGUCUGGCGUGGUUCUCCACCUACUCGGUGUUCAUGCUCACACAAGUGCUGUACGAAGACAUAAGCCUGACGACUAAACUGGUGCUAAGCUUGAUAUCCAACACUGCCAUGGGGUAUGCCUUUCAGAUGAUCAUCAUGUGUGAAGGUACUUCGAGAGGUCUACAGUGGAGUGAGUUUUUCAGUCCGGUGUCUUACCACGAUCAAUAUAAACCAGCGCAUGUGGCUCUCAUGUUGGUAGUAGAUGCCAUACUCUACAUGCUGAUUGCUAUGUACGUGGAAAAGAUACGACCUGGACUCUAUGGAGUUCCGCUGCCAUGGUACUUUCCAUUUACUAAAAGUUUUUGGAUGCCCAACAAAAAUAAAAAGGCUGAAUUAACCAAAAAAGAAGGCGCAGAUUUAGAAUACAACGAUGCUUUGCUAAAAGUGGUUCAUGAUGAAGAACCGAAAGGAGUGCCAAUGGGUGUUAAUAUACAAAACUUAACCAAAAUCUAUAGUGGUCGUAAAAAGGCUGUGGAUAAUUUAAACCUUAGGAUGUAUGAAAAUGAAAUAACAGUAUUAUUAGGUCAUAAUGGUGCAGGAAAAACUACUACAAUUUCUAUGCUGACAGGUAUGGUCCCACCUUCGUCGGGAUCGGCGACGAUAAACGGGUACAAUAUAGUCAGCGAGACGGAACUGGCGCGCAAAUCCCUGGGGAUAUGCCCCCAACAUAAUGUGCUGUUUCCAGACCUGACCGUCGCCGAACACAUCAUCUUCUAUUCGAGGUUGAAAGGGGUGCCCGAAAACAAAAUCAACGAAGAGGUCAAUCAUUUCGUGAAGCUACUAGAGUUGGAACAAAAGAGGGACGUGGUCUCAGACAACUUGUCGGGUGGUCAGAAGCGACGGUUGUCGGUAGGCGCGGCGAUGUGUGGCUCCUCCCGAGUUGUCUUGCUUGAUGAACCUACUUCGGGUCUCGACCCUGCUGCCAGACGAGCUUUGUGGGACCUACUACAGAAGGAGAAAAAAGGUCGAACAAUGAUCCUGACGACUCACUUCAUGGACGAAGCCGACGUACUCGGCGACCGCAUAGCGAUAAUGUCCGGGGGCCGCUUGCAAUGCGUCGGCACGCCGUAUUUCCUCAAGAAACACUACGGCAUAGGAUACAAGCUCACUAUCGUGAAAGGAGAGAACUGCAAUGUUGAAGAUGUGACACGAUUUUUCAAGACUUAUGUACCUGAUCUUAAAGAAAACACGAAUAUAGGUUCCGAACUAACGUACAUCUUGCCAAAUGACUAUGUUAGCAAAUUCCCCGAUAUGCUCAAAGAAUUUGAGAACAAAAGAGAAUCUUUGCAUGUAUCCAGCUAUGGCUUAUCAGUCACCAGUUUGGAAGAAGUAUUUAUGAAGGCGGGUGCAGAGGACAAUGACAUAUCGUCUGCUAAAAGAAAUAACUAUGUGGGCUUACACAAUAAUGACUGCGCGAUCGUGCCUGUAGACGGUCAUAUUAAUACUAUGGCUGACACGGAGCCGCUGCAAAAAGUCAGAGGAUUCAGAUUACUCAAGAAUCACAUCAAAGCAAUGUUUCUCAAAUUGUCGUAUAAUACAAUGAGAAAUAAGUUAACCGCCUUUAUACAAUUCGUAACGCCUAUAAUAAAUAUAACUAUAUCUGUAAUAAUAGCGAGAUCAUGGAAAUUUAUGUCUCAGUUGCCACCUCUUACCCUGAGCUUGGAAAGUGGGUUCCGGGAAACACAGACUCUUAUGUCACAAGUAGCUAAUUUGUCAGACAGCAGCGUAGGAGCUAAAGCCAUGAAUGCAUUCAAAGAUUAUUUCAAAACUUCCACAUACCCUGGAAUGCAACUGGCUGACAUUGGAACUAUGGAUUUGGGAAAGUUUUACUUGAAACUUAGUGCAGAGAACCUUGCCCGUGUUAGGUAUGAAAAUUUAGUAGGAGCUACUUUCGCUCCGAACCGUAUUACAGGCUGGUUCAGUAACUAUGGGUACCAUGACUCUGCUAUCUCACUCGCACUAAUCAACGACGCUAUAAUACGUGCUGUAGCGCCUGGUAGCUCUUUGAAGAUUGUAAAUCAUCCUUUACCUUAUUCUAUAGAAAACCUGGUCCGAGUUAUGGCAUCUGGCAGCAGUAUGGGGUUUCAGUUUGCAUUUAACAUUGGAUUUUGUAUGGCCUUCGUUACAUCAUUCUUGGUGCUAUUUGUGAUCAAAGAACGCAUAAGCGGUGCAAAGCUCCUCCAACGCGUCUCAGGCGUUCGACCUGCCGUGCUUUGGGGUACUGCCUUCAUAUGGGACUGGAUAUGGCUGCUGCUAAUAUACCUCUGUAUUGUGAUAACUCUGGCAUGUUUUCAGGAGAAUACACUCUCUACACCAUCCGAAUUAGGAAGGGUGCUGUUAGUAUUGAUGGUCUUCUCUUUAGCAACGGUACCUUUGCACUAUUUGGCAUCAUUUUAUUUUGAAGCGGCAGCAACUGGGUUCUCAAAGAUGUGUUUCAUGAACAUAUUUUGUGGUUGUAUGCCAUUUUUAAUUACGGAAGUUUUACGACUACCAGAAGUAGGCAGCCCUUACUAUGCACACUUGUUUGACUGGAUCUUUUCACCAUUGCCCAUUUACUGCAUAAGCCGAAGUUUCAGGGACAUGAGUGUAUCGUCGUUCUCAAUGAUGGCGUGCGACGGUUUGUGCGAGCAGUUCGUGAACAUCGACAACUGCACGCGCCACAUGAUAUGCACCAAGCUCAACAUCAGCGUGUGUUGUAUCGAAGACGACCCAUUUCUGAAGUGGAGUGAACCCGGCAUCGGGCGAUAUCUGUUCAUGAUGAGUCUAGUUGGAAUUUUGGCGCUAACCUUGCUGCUAAUCAAAGAGUACAAACUCAUGAAUAAGGUGUUUUACUCGUCAAGUCCGAAGCCGGCGCCGCCGGUAUCUUCAGAGGAAGACAGUGACGUGGUAGCGGAGCGCCGCUUUGUGCAAGCGCUCACUAGAUCCGAGCUCGGCCAAUACAGCCUCGUGUGCAAGGACCUUACCAAGUAUUACCAGAAGUUCUUAGCAGUUAACAGGUUGACGUUCGCGGUGCGCAAGGCGGAAUGCUUCGGGCUUCUAGGCGUGAACGGCGCAGGCAAGACAAGCACUUUCCGGAUGCUCACGGGCGAUGCUCACAUCUCCAGUGGCGACGCGCACGUGCACGGGCUAUCUAUCAAGACCAACAUACAGGACGUGCAUCGCCACAUAGGAUACUGUCCCCAAUUCGACGCUCUAUUCGACAACUUAACGGCGCGGGAAACGUUGCGUAUAUUUUGUCUUCUUCGCGGGAUACCGCCGAAAACCGGAGCGAUGAGAGCAUUGCAUCUUGCUACGACGCUUGGAUUCUUAAGACAUUAUGAUAAGAAAGUGCAAGAAUGUAGUGGAGGUACUAAAAGAAAAAUCAGCACAGCUGUCGCGCUACUUGGCGAUUCACCAUUAGUUUUCUUAGAUGAACCAACGACAGGUAUGGACCCAGCGUCAAAGCGGCUCGUGUGGUCGUGCAUAAGCGACGGCGUGUCGGCGGGCCGCAGUAUCGUGCUGACGUCACACAGCAUGGAGGAGUGCGAGGCGCUGUGCUCGCGCCUCACCGUCAUGGUCAAUGGACGCCUGUACUGCCUGGGCCCGCUGCAGCACUUGAAGAGCAAGUUCUCCCAAGGAUACACCCUAAUAGUCAAAUGCAAAACAGAACCAGAUAGAGAUAAAAACGUAGCCAAUGUAAACCAGUACAUCAAUGAAAAUUUUAGUGAUGCGAAACUUAUUGAAACGUACCUCGGAAUCAGCACGUACUACCUCAACGACGCAGACUUGCCCUGGUGGCGCGUAUUCCACGUGAUGGAAGAGGCCAGGACAAAGUUCUCCAUAGAAGACUAUUCCGUAUCGCAGACCACACUCGAACAGGUAUUUCUAAGGUUCACCAGAUUACAAGGUAACAUUGAAUAACAUUCGUCGAUGAAUCCUAGUUUUUGUAAAUAAAGACCAGCGGUAGUUUGAGAAAUUACGCUUAUCUUAUAGUUUUAUACUCUUGAAAUGUAAUGUGUGUACACUUUGUACACUAUUGUUUUAAAUGAUGUGUGUGACGUGCACCAGUGGCGUUGUAGGAAGACGGUCACAUACAUCAUAUGUCAUAUAAAUGGCAAUUACGACUUGUAUUAUGAAUGGAACCACGAUAUUAAAUCUAACAAUGUAGCACUUAACUCAGUGGGGAUGGGAUCGGCACGGGAGGGGUGACAUAGACAUUAAUAUGACGUGACAGAGCAUAAUUUGAAGGAGAUCUGAAGUUUCGCUAACGUUUGACGUUACAAAAACACCAUACCGUGCCUUUCAUCUCAAGCACUGUGAC